GAAGGCGGCUCAGUGGGUUCAGGCCGCGCUCGGUGCCGCCGCCAUCGUGGGAGCCGCGCGUCACUGGCUCUGGCGGAGGAUUCAGAAUGGGAGACAAGCCUAUUUGGGAGCAGAUUGGAUCCAGUUUUGUACAACAUUACUACCAUAUAUUUGAUACAGACAGGACCCAGUUAGGAUCCCUGUAUAUUGAUGCAUCAUGCCUUACCUGGGAAGGACAGCAAUGCCAGGGCAAAACAGCUAUAGUUGAAAAACUCUCCAGCCUUCCUUUUCAAAAAAUACAGCACAGCAUCACGUCACAAGACCACCAGCCCACGCCUGACAGUUGUAUACUCAGUAUGGUUGUGGGACAACUUAAGGCUGACGAAGAUCCUAUCAUAGGAUUCCACCAGAUAUUUAUAUUAAAGAACAUCAAUGAUGCCUGGGUUUGCACCAAUGACAUGUUCAGGCUAGCACUGCACAACUACGGCUGAGCUGGUACCCCCAAGGCACCUGUGCUUUCUCUUUCUCCUCUCCUUUACUGAUAUAUUCACACUCACGGAACAUUCCAAAUAUCAUACACAAACCUGCAACACUGCAGUGAGCGAGCGAGCAAGAUCCAUGACCUGCCCUUCUGCCAAGUUUACGUUGUGUCACUAGAUGAGUUUCUUGUGCAUGAUGUUUGGAAGUUAGACUUAGCUGCAUUUGACAAGAGAAAUGUGUGUUGUACCAGCAUGCCUUGGAAAGAAUCCAUAAUGCAAAAGGUUGUGUCUUUAUGUACUGACCAGUUGCUCUAGUAACCCAAAGAAACGAAAAGGAAAGAACAGCAGCCUGUACAGCCCAGAUACUGAUUUGUUCAGAUGUCUCAAUGCUACAUUAUACAAUAAUAAAACCAUGAGAUUUUCUUAA